AUGAAGUGGCUGUUUUUGUUUGCCCUUGAAGCCGCAGGCCAGGCGGUCACUUGUAACCACACUACGCUCGCCGAGGCGGCCGACGCGUACAUCGCUGCCCAAACGACCGGUCAGCUUGCCCCCCUCCUGGCCGUCACGGCUGCCAACUGGACCUACCAGGAGAACAACCAAGCCGUGAGCAUCGCCACGUCCCGUUCAGCAUCCGGUAUUAUCGUGGCCAAAGCGCUCAAGAUCGACCACCGCCGCACGAACUUUGACUUGACGGCCUGUGCGACGUACACGGAGCUCGUCUCGGCCACCGACCCCGCCAACCCGUACGUCAUCGGGACGCAGAUUCACCAUGCGACGGACCUUUCGGAGCCCCAGAAGGUGGUGCUCGUCGACUCGAUUGUGACCACGACUGGCGCCUGGUUGUUUGAUGCAAAGAAGACGCUGCAACACGUGCUCCAGGAGAACUGGACCGUCAUCCUGCCCGAGCGUGCCCGCGACACCCGUGUCGUGCUGCAGGCGGCGGCUGACGCCUACCUCGACAUGUGGAGCAAUGCCACUGCCUCUGAGGCCGUCCCUUGGGGCACGCCGUGCACGCGCCUCGAGGGCUCUGCAUACACGGGCCACGACCGGCCGGACGACUCGUGCAAGGCGGGCAUCCCGUCGAACCACAAGCAGGCGCCCAACACACGCCGACGCUAUGUCAUUGACGAGUCCAUGGGAUCUGUGAGUGUCUUUUGCGUGUGGGAGCACAUGAUGAACGCGUCCGACAGCCACGAGCUGCGGCUGGAAAGGGGCAAGCUGCGGUAUGUGCACACGAUGACUUCGUGCGGGUCGAAAGCAUGCAAGCUGUAA